AUGAAUAUAAAACGUUACGGAAAUUCUUUCUCUUCUUUAUUAAUUCUGCCUUUACUCUUGUGCCUCGCUUUUCUUCUUUGGCAUCAGUGCCAAGCAAAUGAGCAUCAUGAGACUGUGGAGCGAUGGGUGAAGCGUGUACUCUAUGAGGGGAGAUAUCCGUCUGUACCAACAUUUCCUCCUCCUCCUCCUCCUCCUCCUCCUCCUCCCCUUCCUCCUCUUCCUACUCUUCCUCCCCCUCCUGUCUUUUUGCCACCGAUACCAAUGCCCAAACCACCUUUCUAUAUCCAUCUUAAAAAUAAAUUGAAAAACAACGAGGAUCAGGAGGACAUUCGUAAUGAAGAGGAAGGUUUUAUGUCAACUAAUGCCGAUAUUUUUGAAGAGAGAAGAGAUUCUAGUUUAUCCAUGGAAUCCAAGGAGAUUGAAAACGAUAAUUAUGUAGAACCAGUAAUCCCUUGGUUUUCUGACUGGGAAAAGAUGGUGAAGGAACAAGAAGCAAAGAAGAAAAAACACCCAAAAAAGUCUCUUCCAAUUAGACACUCUCCCCUUCAAAACAUCCAAGAACGUCCACGCCAUAUUCAAAGCCCCUGCCUUCUCCGUCGAAAUAAACCUGUUCAGCAUAGAACAUAUCCAAGAAGUUACGAGUUCCCAGGAUUUGAACUUUCCAUUCCCCGUAAAUGGGACUGGAGGAAUGUUGAUGGAAUUAACUUUUGUUCGCCUACACGCAAUCAACACAUUCCUGUUUAUUGUGGUGGUUGUUGGGAAAUAAUUGCCUGUAAUGGGAGAGGGAGAGGGUGUAAUGGAGGUACGGCAGAGGAUGUUUUUGAACAUGCAAAAACUGUUGGACUUGUCGAGGAAGGAUGCAAUAAUUUCAAGGCAGUCAAUGAAAGUAAAAGUUAA